AUGACCUCAUUCACCUCUUUCAGCUUGGCUAAACGAGCCUUGAUUUCUGUUCCAAAGUUUGUUCGAGGCUAUGCCACCCCGACUUCCAAAAUUGUCAAGAUUCCUUUGACUCUUUAUGGCAUUGAAGGUCGUUAUUCUACAGCAUUAUUUACUGCUGCCUCUAAGAAAAAUAAUCUUGAACAUGUUGAAACAGAACUUAUGAAAGUUAAAUCUGUAAUUGAAAAAGAUCCUAAAAUUCGUAGUUUUCUUGAGGAUCCUUCCUUAAGUCGUCAAAAAAAGAAAGAUGGUGUACACCAAUUAUUAAAAGAUGGAAAUUAUUGCGACACUACCAAGAACUUUUUCACAGUUUUAGCUGAAAAUGGUCGACUCACCGAAACCAUAAAAAUUAUUAAUGCGUAUCAAUCAUUAAUGACAGCUAAUCGCAACGAAAUUCCUGUUACAAUCAUCUCUGCUAAGGUUGGUUUUUAA